GGUACAACGACGUGCAAGGGAGCUGUUACUUUGGAACCUGCGAUACUUUGUUCACGUAAAACUGUCAGCGAAAGACGACAAGGAAUUCCUGUCCAAGCUAGCUAGCCAACUUUGGGACCAGAGUAAGAAUGGGCUUGAUGAACCGGAUGUCCGUCACCAUUGUACUGACAGCAGCUCUGCUCCUGUCUGCCCACGCAUGGGUGCUCCAGAUCACAAAUGACGAAGUGGAGGUCGGCAAAACAAAAAAUAUAUCUUUGAAAUGCGUCAACGUUUAUCCCCUGACUGUAGUCUCUGAGAUUGUCAGGAUCAGAAUCUUGAAAUUUGAGGCUGACGAAUGGAACAGCGUGGCCGAAGUUAGUGACAGAGGCAAUGAUCUCCAAACAAAGUCUAAUAACGUGCUGGCGGAGGCCAAUAGCGGCGCCAUUGCCAGUAGGUUUCUGCGGAUUACCUGGCCAGUGGCGACCAACGGUACUCUUGGCCAGUACCGUUGUGAUGUCAUUAGUUUGACGGCGCAAGAAAAUGUAAUGUGGCACAAAAGCCUGCCCAUUUUAAUUACGCGUAAGAUCGUCACGGUACAGACCCUGAGCUACAAGAUGGAGGAAUACAAACAGCAGUGUCUGAAACAGACGCAAGACGUGCUAGCAAACGCCACGGAAACCAUAGAGGUCGUUGAAGCUGAGUUGGAGAGCAAGUUGGAGAGCCAGAUAGAGGUCCUGAGCCACACAAUGGAGAACAUCACAGAGGAACUUGAUCAACUACGAUCAGAGACGGAAGGAACCGUAGAGACGCUGGAGGCGGGAUGGGAGUCCAAGUUGGAAAGUCAAAAGCAGGUCCUGAGCCAAGCGGUGGAGGAUAAAAUGAGAUUUUGUGUAAACCAGACACUCGACUUGGUGGAGAAGUUGACGGCGAGUUAUGAGCUCAAGUUGGACGACCUGAAUGCCAGUUAUGAGCUCAAGUUGGAUGCUCUGAAUGCCAGUUAUGAGCUUAAGUUGGACGACCUGAAUGCCAGUUAUGAGCUCAAGUUGGAUGCUCUGAAUGCCAGUUAUGAGCUUAAGUUGGACGCCCUGAAUGCCAGUUAUGAGCUCAAGUUGGAUGCCCUGAAGCGCCAGCUGCGGGUGAGAAUGUCUUGCUUGGAGUGUUUAUACACAAUUAUUUACGAGUAAACAUUUACCCAGAAGUGGCUGAUACGUUCCUCAGCAGUAC